CUGACGACACGUACAAUCGAGCUCCAUAAUAAAACGCACUUUCUCCAUGCAUCUGACUGCGACAGACCUCGCCAACUACAACCAUCUGAACUGCGACCUGUUCCUGCAUAAUGCCUACCAUCGACGUCUCAGCUUGAAGAUCAACAACGCGUCCAGCGGGUCGGAGCUCUCCAAAGCCCAGUUUGCGCGAGGGCUGGAAUGGGAGCAAUCGUGUCUUUUUCCCUACUUGGAUCGGAGCAAUCAACUUCUCACUAUCCCAGGUCCAAUAGAUGGCAGCUCACUCAGCGCGAACAUCGAAGCAGACGACCGCGAUCACUUUUACAUCGCUGGAGUGUCGUUUUGGCCCCCGUCGCAAUUGGAGGAGCGAUUUCGUGAAGGCGGCUUUGAUCCUGUCAAGUUCGGACUGGCCAAACCUGAUCUGCUCGAGAUAACUCGAACACCGACUGGCGUUACCUGGAAAGUCAUUGACGCGAAGGCCGCCAAGACCGUCAAGACUUCGCAUCAUGUGCAAAUCUAUUUCUACUCUCUCUGUCUGUCAUAUAUCCUCCCCGAACCGUUUUUCAAGAGAGAUGGCAGCGCCGCAGUUUGGCUUCCACCUGCCGAUGGAUUCACUCCAUCCACUAUCCCCUCGCUCGAAGACAUCAGAUCCAUCCAGAUAGACUUGCUAGCCCCGUCUUUGGAUGAACUUUUAUUCCGUCGAUUGCCCAAGAUCCUGGGCUUGCCGAAGGCCAGUGUCCGCUGGCAUCUCAAUCCUCUGUGCCGCGAUUGCGCCUUUGAAUCAGAGUGCGCCGGGAAGGCUACGGAAGGACAAGAGAUAGGCUGUGUGCCCAACAUCUCUCUAGCCGAGGCCGAAGUCAUUCGCUCGCUCCUUGGCAUAUCUCGAGCGGCACGGGCCAGUGGACCGCGCGUGUCUGACAUUGAGGACCUGCAUGACCUGUUUCAGGAUGAAGGCAAGCUCCGUGAUUUGGUUCGCGGUUUCCCUAGCACAAUAAAGCGAGCAAAACGGAUUCUGUCGGUGACAAACGGUCAAAGUCCUUUGGUUGAAGCGGCAAGAAAGAAGGCGGUGCAGAUCAUUCCGCGGAGGAAUUUUACCUGUCCAAGGAGAGAGGACAUUGCUAUCAUCGUUUCCCUGAUUCAAGAUCCUUCGAUGUCAAACAGCGACAUAGCUGUGUUUGGCAUAUCUGUGUUCUCGGUCAUCCCUACUUUCCAACCGCAACCUAUCUUUGGUGAUGGUUCACAACUAGUUCCGCAGCUGGCCUCGCUGAUCACACGAAUCGAUGCUCUCGCCACCUCCGUUCCGUUUCCGCCCCUGUCGCAAUUCUAUGUAUUCUCUGCUGUGGAACACAAGGCAUUGCAGACCCAUCUCAUUCAAAGGGCGCUCUCGAUGCCACGCGAUGUGCUACUGGACGACUUGCGGAUGUGCAUUGGCGCACUGGCCGAGGGCGCAUCCCUUCUUCAGACGACUUUCCAGCCGCUCAUACUAUCUGGGGCGUUGCUCUCUUUCAUGCACAAGGGGCAGUUUAAAGUCGCGGGGCUGCGGAUGCUCUUGCAGCGGAUGGGUCUCUCGACAGCGGGCUCGGCUGAAGAGCUCCGACAGCGCAUCCAGGCUGAGAUACAUGCCCGAAGCGGUGAGGGAGAGGAUGACAAGCGCACAGAGCUGGGCCAGCUCCCUCGGGUUGUUGUGCUGAAGCGCGAGAUUGAGAGCCUGCUGGCCCUCCCGAUCCCUGGCUCAUGGGAUCUGCCGCAAUGCGCAUCGGCCUUGCUCCCGCCGCACGCGCCAGACCGGCAAUGUCCCGACGAGGAGGAGGUAUACCAAACAUACCGAAGGGAUGGACGCAGCGAGGCCUUGGACGAAAAGCUGGAGCAGCGCAAUUCCACUAUCUACGCUGUGUUGCAGACUAUGCGGAGCAGGGUCACUUCCUCGAAGCUCCUGGUCAACGACGCACGUGUCCUGACGCACGACUUUCUCGAUAUCUGCGAGGACGACACGUUGCGCAAACUGUUCUUCAUGCAACAGUUCGAAGUGCUAGCCAAACUGCUCGAGCUGUGGAGGUCACGAAUCGACGGAUGCCCCGAUGCCCCUCUUCUGGAAUACAGAGAGACGGUCCGAGGAAGCCAAGGUGCCGAGCAUGAAUUCAUCCUCGUCUCAGGCGCUGUCGAGAUGUCCAGCGGAGACAAGGCGUUCUAUGAUCGCCUUCUGACCGCAGAUGAGUCGAGCCCCGAUGAGGUCCCGGUCGCUGCGUUUUUCGACGAUCUCGGUGUCUGCGGUCUUGUUUUUCCACUGACGAGAUACACGCGCGCCAAGUGGGACUCCCAGAAUUCUAUUGUGCGGCGGAAUCUGUUGGUGGCCGAUAUCCGCGACAUAAGCGUGGACGCGCGUCGGACGAGGGUGACCCUCAAGACUUGGGGAGAACCUGCGGCUCUCAAACUUGUCCCUGGCUGUCAUUACCGGCUCUCUCAACGCCUCGUCGAUUUCAACACCCACAAGAUCCUCACGACGUUGCUGGAUCUUGAUUUGCGCGUUGCCUCGCGGCCAGACAAGGUCCCUUUUCUGCAGAUCAUCACCGAUACCAAGGAGAUGGGCUCAAUCAUACCUGGAGAACAAUACAGGAAGGUCGAGAACAACAUUCAGUCGAUGUUUCGACAACUGAAAGAUCUCGGUGGCACGGAGGCUGCUGCCCUGGUUCUCAAAUCAUCGCAGCAUCGCGCUGUGCAACGGAUUCUCUGCAACAGAUUAUCUGUGAUCUGGGGACCGCCAGGAACGGGGAAAACGUACACCAUAGCCUUGGCCCUAUUGAGGUUACUUCAAGUGCAAUAUGAGUGUGGGGAACGCGAGGGUCAAGUCAUAUUUGUGACUGCAAUGACCCAUGCGGCAAUCAACGCAGUCCUGGCCAAGCUGUACCACCUCAAGACCUGCUACAAGUCAAUUGACGCGCUCGAUAUCAAGUGGCUGGGACUGAUCCAAAUUGAGCACGUACUCAACGGUCACGAUCAUUCCUUCUCGAAGAAGACGGGAAUGAGGAUAUUCGCAGGAACCGUGUGGCAGCUGUACAACUUGUCCAAGCGCCACUCAUUUGAAGUGGAUGUAUGUGUCAUAGACGAGGCUGGCCAAUUGGCUCUGAGCGCUGCGGCUCUCGUUCUGAAGAACUUGAGCGCGGAGGGCCGGGUGAUCUUGGCAGGUGAUUCAGAGCAACUGGCCCCAAUUCUGGCUGCAGAGUAUUCCCAGCUCAGCACGCGCCCGCUGUUUGGAUCCAUCUUGGAUUGCCUCAUGCAUCUCUCGAAGAGAGUUCCCGUGCAAGAUACCGAAGUGAUGUCAUCCCAGGGUACCAUCGUCCAACUGACUGAAAACUUCCGACUCAAUCCUGAUCUUGGGGAGUUCGUAUCCACCAUCUACUCACGAGCGUUCACGCCCCAGAAGAUACAAGCAAAGCAACUGGGGGCUCAGCUGCAGUCCAUCGAGCGCACACAUCCGCAUGACCAGAUCUCCGCAGACAUCCGUCAAUUUCUGCUCGGGCUGUCGGCAGUGAUGCUGCGCAAGCCGCAGCCCGAUCUCCAGCGGCCCGUGGUCGCCGCCAGCAGACCAGCAGACGCUCCCGGAAGCCAUAUUCCCAUCUCGCUCGCGCUCAUCCGUUUGCAGACGGAGAGUGCGAGAUCGGAGGGUGUGAAUUAUGAGGCGCAUGUGAAAGGAGAAGCAGAUCUUGCCGCGGCGCUUAUCAGAUCGAUCCAGAAGUGCUGCCCGGGCGAGGACAUAUUCGUAGCAACGCCACACCGGAUACAGCGGCAGGCGGUACGAGCAGCCUUGCAAGACGAAGAAUUGAAUGAUGCCAUGGAUAGGCUCGCGUUGGCGAAUCCGGGAGGUGGUGGUCAGGUCAUCGUCGAUACCGUCGAACGACUCCAAGGCCAGUCCUUUCCCAGAGGUUUACUCGAAGCUGAAGACUAUGCAGGUUCUGAGGCAGCAUUCGUGAUAUGUCUGUUUUCUCUCCCACCAUCAGCCAGCAGCGACCUGCCGUUUCUCCUGGAGAGACGGCGGUUGAAUGUCGCCAUCAGUCGGGCGAAAACGCUCUGCAUUCUGGUGAGCUCGGCGACGGUGUUGCGGCCGUCGGCGCACGUUCUGGCGGACGAGCAGACCGCCAAGGGGUUUGCCUUUUUGAGGGCGUUCGAGGACAGAGCGUGGUCGACAGUGAUGAAAAUGAAUGUAGAUCAGUAUUAAUGCUUACCCAUAGCAAUCUGAAUUUCUUGCUUGAUUGUAAUCCGAUGGCCGCUGUGAUCAUAUCACGGCGUCCCAGCUUUUAACAUCGACUGAUUCUCUUUAUCCAACAGCCAUUUCGUCACAGCAACUGCGUACAAGCAAGUCAUGUACUCAAACAGCUGUUUAGAUGCAGAACCGGAACACAAUCCGGCCUGAAAUGAGCUCUCAAAUGAUGUGCGGUCCCACAGUCGUAUUCACACAUGACGCAAAGCUGAUUAAGAGGAUUGCACCAUCGGUGGUCAGCUUUAUAAUGGGAGGCCCUCGAGGGUGCCAAACAUUCUAUCACCCCACAUACGAUGCCCUCUGUCGACCAGAACAUCCAUCCCACGGCUACUGGAGCUGCUGCAGCCACAGUGCAGAAACACCAAGACCCGCAGGAGCUUGUGUUCUACGCCGGAUGGUUCUGUCCAUUUGUGCAAAGGACGUGGAUCACCCUGGAAGAGAAGGGUGUACCGUAUCAAUAUAAGGAGGUCAAUCCGUACAAGAAGGAGAAGCAUUUCUUGGCUAUCAACCCAAAGGGCCUCGUUCCUGCGUUCGAGUUCGAAGGGAAGGCGCUGUACGAGUCGCUCGUGAUGUGUGAAUUCGUCGAGGAUCAAUACCCAAACCACAAACCGAGCAUACUUCCAGGGGACGCGUACCAGAAAGCACACGCCCGCCUUUGGAUCGACUUCAUCGGGAAAUCAUUCACGCCCGGGUUCAUGCGGCUGAUGAUGGCGCAAGGAGCGGAGAAGCAGGACAGCGCGCGAAGCGAACUGUACGACGUCCUGCGCAAGCUCUCCGCCCAGGUCAAGGGCCCGUAUUUCCUGGGAGAGGAGUUCAGCCUGGUGGACAUCGCGAUCGUUCCCUGGAUCACGCGUGACUAUCUGCUCGCCGAACAUCGCGGAUACAAGCGCGACGAUGUCAGUGAGCAAUGGAAGGCUUACGCCGCCCAUGUCGAGCAAAGGCAGAGCGUCAUCAAUACCAAGAGUGAAAAAGAGAAGUAUGCUGACAUCUACGGCCGAUACCUCAGAGACGAGGCACAGAGCGAGGCCGCCAAAGCAAUUCGCGAGGGCCGGGCUAUACCCUGAGUUGUGUAACGUUGUAACAGUAAUGAAUCGUUAUAUUUUUGUGCAAAGACCAG